CUCUGAAGCCUUCAUCUCUUUGAUCGGGAAAUCCUUGUGAAUUUUCUGCUUGUUUUCUCGGAGUGAUUGGGUAUUGGAUAGAUAAUCUGGCUGUUUGGGUUCUUUAGCGGCCUUUUCUGCCUUGUGAUUUUGCUAUCCAGUUUGAAUUUUCAGCUCUCUUUCAUGUUGACUUGCUUUCAUGCCGCGAUUUGGGGUUUUCUGAUGUUUUCUGUUUUAGUUUGAAGCUGAUUGGUGGAAAUGGCAGUUUCGGCUUCUGAUUCUUGAGUUUGUGUAAUCUGUCUUGGAAUUCUUCCAUAUAUAACUUGCUCUCAUUUUGUCUGAAUUUGCUAUUUUGGGUCUGCCGUGAUGCAGCUUUGAAUUGUGUGAGCUUGGAGCAUUUGGCUCCAAGUUUGGACAGUGAUACAUUCCUGAUUGAGAGUAUAUGUUGUACUUAGCAUUGAUUAAAAGCUGGAAGUGGCGUUGGUGAUUGAGUCGGUUUUAGAUGGAUGAUGGUGGGCACCGGGAAAAUGGCAGGCAUAAGCUGCCACAGGGUCAGUGGCUGAUGCAGCAUCAGCCAACAAUGAAGCAGAUAAUGGCCAUCAUGGCCGAAAGGGAUGCAGCCAUACAAGAGAGGAAUUUGGCACUUUCUGAAAAGAAGGCUGCCUUGGCUGAGCGGGACACUGCUAUCCUACAACGAGAUACAGCUAUUGCUGAGCGAAACAACGCCAUAAUGGAACGGGACAACGCUAUUGCCACUCUUCAGUAUCAUGAGAGCUCGAUGAAUACUGGUAGUAUGUCUCCAUGUCCCCCUGGAUGCCAAAUUUCACGGGGAGUGAAACACAUGCACCAUCCCCAACAGCAUGUUCAGCACCAGCCGCAUAUGGUUGAAGCUGCAUAUAACUCGAGGGACAUGCACAUGAGUGAUACCAUGCCCAUGUCACCACCUGCUCCCGAGCCUGCAAAGCCAAGGCGGAACAAAAGAGCUAAAGAAGCUAAGCCAGCAACAUCUAGUAAAAAGACUUCGAAACCAUCCAAGAGAGUUAAGAAAGAAGGCGAAGACCUGAACAAGACGAUGUGGAAGGGCACACAAGAAAUGGGUAGUGCAAGCGAUGAACUUAACAGACAAAUGUGCGUGUCAAAGCCAGAUUGGAAGGAUCAGGACCUGGGGUUGAACCAAGUGGCUUUUGAUGAAUCAACUAUGCCAGUCCCGGUUUGUUCAUGCACCGGAGCUCUAAGGCCUUGCUACAAAUGGGGAAAUGGUGGCUGGCAAUCAUCCUGCUGCACAACCAAUUUAUCGAUGUAUCCUCUUCCAACAGUUCCUAACAAGCGACAUGCCAGAAUUGGUGGUCGGAAAAUGAGUGGCAGUGCAUUUACCAAGCUACUUAGCCGCCUCGCUGCUGAGGGCCAUGAUCUAUCAAAUCCAGUUGACCUGAAGGAGCACUGGGCAAAGCAUGGAACAAACCGCUACAUCACCAUCAAAUAAAUGGUUCUGAAAUACUUAAAAUUAAUGAGAGAAUAUCUUUAGCAAGCAUUUUAUAUGUUAAGAUAUGACUCAACUGCUCAAAGUGAAGUGUCUAAGGCUUGGAGCCUCUAUGCAAGUAACUAGAGAUAACUGUAAAGCAAGUCUAUUUUGGAUGAUGUGUCAAGUUAGAUAACAAUUCAGUGUAAUAUUGGCUGUUUAGCAUAUUGUGCUUCUAUUACUUGUCAUUUUCUUGUCUUGUCUAUAAAUUUGUGUUACUCUUA